GCACGGGCUGUCCCCAGCGCUCGGUGUCCCCUUUCAGCGGCGGCCGCGUGUCCUUGAAGCGGCGGCGGCGGCGGUGGCUCCCCGGGGGCUGCGGCGCUCACGGACACUCGCCCGCCGCCCGGAGCCUCCCGGGCACAUGCAGCACGGAGACGAGGCACUUCUCCUCUGAUCCUGCUGAUCCCAGCCCGGGUUCCCCCUUUCCUAGGCACCGCUCUGUUCUGGGAACAACUGGGAGAACUCUGCCCGAUGCCCUCAGAACAUGUCUGAUUGGACAAAUCUGUGGUAUGUCUGGCUGAUCUUGCUGAUGGUGUUCCUGCUCCUGCUCUGUGGGGUCUCAGCGAGCUGUGUCAAGUUCUGCUGCCGGAAGAAAAGGCUCCCAGUGGAGACCUUCCCUCGGCACCCCUGUGACCUGGCAGUGAUUGGCAUUGACAGUGACAGCACUGCCCACAGCACAGUGACCUCAUACAGCUCAUGGCAGUACCCUCCAAGUGUCCAGAUUCCCUUGGUAUUUGUGGAUAUGGAUAAGAACACUGUGUCCCCUCCUGCUUACAGCCUCUAUGCCAUGGACCUGCCACCUUCCUAUGAUGAAGCUGUUCAAAUGGGAAAGCAAGUGGCACGGACAAACCAGAAACUUGAUGAAAUCCCUGAACAGGUGACACCACGUGGGCUGAAUCCCAGCCAGUCCCCACCUGACAGAAUCAACAGAGAUCCAGCAAGACAGGAAAAUUCAGAAGAUUCAGAAGAUGCCACAUAAGAACAGCCACAGGUCUGACUCAGUUCAGAUGGGGAGAAAGUAAGGGAAGGACUGUAAGAGUUAAAGAAGACACGAAGAGUUUGGGUUUAUAAGUAGGUUAUGAUGGAAAGAUAUUUCUUUUCAUGCCCUUGUAAUGAUCUGUCAGAAGAAAUGUUUUCUGUGACUGCUGUAAUCCCCUGGUAAAGCUUCUUCAAGGAUAUGAAAUGAGGUAAAAGGGCAGCAGUUUAAAAAUGCCUGUAAAAGUGGGACGUGAAUGAGUGUUCAUCUUCUGAUAAAAAAAAUUGUUCCUUGUGUCCAGCAAUAAAAAAGGUUAGGAGAAUUUUGCCACCUUGGGAAUACACACUCAGAACAACACAAACAGGAAGCUGUUGUACUAGAACAGAAGUUUCCCAAGCUGGAAUUGAAGGGGGAAUCCCAGCAAGUGACACUGAACAGCCUCUGUAGUUUCUCUUCUUUUGAGAACACAACUGCCCAGGAAACUGCUGAGGACAAAGUGCUGCACAGUGGCUCAUGUUCCUCACGGAGCAGGAAGAUGCCAGGACAGGAGAGUGUGGAGGGAAAUGCUUUGUGUGGUUUCACACCUGCACAAAGGGAAUGAGGCAGAUGAGACACGACACUUCUGUGGUGGUGGUGGUCAUGAGACCACAAGGGAUUGUUUUUCAGGUUCUAUAAAUCUCUCAAUUUCUAUUUUCAAGAUGUGUUGCCUUGUGGGUGGGUUCCCUUUGCUAUUUAUUUUUUCCAGACAAACUACACAUUAAUUCCAAAGAGACACUUGCACAUAUGGUUUGGUAUUAUUGAUGAGAUUCAAAUAUUCAUCAAAUAUUUCAAAGGUGCCUUUAUUUUUUGUUAUCUGCUGAGGUGUCAGAGUCUCAGGCAGCACAGGAAAGAAAAAUCACAGGUUCCUGGAAGCUUUUACCAGUUCAGAACAUGGACAAGCUCAGGAAUGAGCAGGGUGACACAAAACAUGCUUGUGCUGAGCCAUCCAGAAUAAGUUAAAGAUACAAAUACCACAGUAUGAGCUGGGCAAAAGUUCAAAGAAAAUACUCUUAGGAUGGUUCUAAAUGAAGGACUGAUAGAGGGAUAACUGCUGAGCAUCAUUUUAGAACUGGGAGCUCGGAGCUGAUUACAGCAGUAGCAGCACAGACAAAAAUAUGGACUCCAGAGGCAGGGAUUUUAAUGCCAGCUCUUUCCCUUGCCCUUCCAUAUUCCAAAUGGUCCAAAUUUUGUCCACUUCUGAGCAGUGAUUUUCUCUGAAUCCACUUUAGCAAGGUGCUAAUCUGGCUGCUUUAAGAACAUGAGCAAUUGCCAGGGGGGCUCAUUGCUCUGGGUAAGAGCAGCAAGCAAAGCCUGAGCCUCGGUGCUAUUAGUGAAUGUAGCAUAAAUUUAGGUGUCUGUCAUUAACAGGCAGUAGAAGUGGUGGGCACAAAAGCCUGCACAGCUUUUAGAAGACUGUUAUUCUCUGACAACCAUUACUGCAAGAACUGCCCUGGAAAUGAGCACUAAUGAUUUAAAAAUGAAGAUCUCUGCCAGCCACAGGCCCAAGAUGCUGCUGCAGAGUCGUGUGUGAGCUGUCCAUGAGUCUGGCUCCCCAGGGAAGGGUCUCUUCUAUAUUUAACUUGCAUGUAACUUACUAUGAGAGUUGACUGGUGCAACAAAUCUGCUUCUCCUGUGUCUCCUCUCUGUCAUCCUUCAUUAUAUUUCUCCUGUUUUAUUCUUUCCUCUGCUUUUCUUAUCUGUGUCAAGAUGGAGGCUGGGUAUAAGCCAGGGUAACUAUUGGAUGUCUCUGGCUGGAAGGGCAAUAUAUGGCCAGUUCUGGAUGUCUCCAAGUCAUAAAUACAGCAGAUGUAUUUUUAUUUAUUGAACUUUUCCACAGCAUCCAGAACGAAGCCGGAAGGAAGAAGAAGGAAUUAGUGCUGGAGGGAAAUGGCUGAGCGCUCACUCACAGAUAGAGACGGGAACGGAAAGCAGGCGAGUGAAAGAAUCGUGACUGACACAAGAGGGCAGUCCCUGCCUGCCGGCUGCGCUCAGAGCUCCCACUGCCCUGCCCGGCUCCUGCCGCCGCGGCACCCGCCGGCUCCGUCCGUCUGGGCACAGGAGAUGCAAAACCCAGGGAAACCCCAAAUACCUGCGACUUCCUAGGAAUAAAAACAUGAUCUUGUGUUUCCUUUCUAGCACAAGGAAAAGUCUUGUGUUCUGCCCAGUAGUUCAUUAAUUCAGAAAUUGUUAACAGCAAUUACUGCCCCAGUCAGCCCUCAGGAACACAGACUUCCCUCUGCACACCCAAAGCAGCUCAGUUCGCUGUGUAACCUUCACAGUUAGGAAAUUAUUAAGGCCUUUCUUGUGAGUGGCCUUCUCCAGAGCCUGCUAAGGCUGAUGCCAUGAUGGAGUCCUUCUUGCAAUGGAGGGCUGAAGAGAUCCCUCAUCUCUACACAGCUUCUGUUUGAUGGAACAGUUUAGAACCUCACCGUGUUGAAACCUGCAGUUCUCUAUCACUUGGCUUGGAAUUGGUCAGUGGAUGCAGAAGUUAUUACUUGUGAAUUCAGAAGUUAUCAGUGAAUUAUUAGUUGGGUAUGCAGCGUGGAAGGAGGGGAAGCAGGACAUUGUGGGGAAGCAGGAAUUUGUGAUUCCAAAACCUCGCUUCCAGAAGAAACCAGUUUUAAAAAGAACAUUUGGGGGGAGGUUGGUGCCACAGCAGAGUAUAGGCUUGGCCUGAUGCAGGAUCUAAGAAUUCUGAUUUGUCAGACUGGUGGGUUUCACCAUCACUAAAUUUAUUCAAGUCUGAUUAUAUCCACACAAGCCUUGUGACAUCUCUAAGGGAAAAGCCCCUCUCUGUAAUUACCCAAAGUGCAUUUUAAUUGUGAUUUCUAUUUGGUCCUCAGUUUGGCACUGUUCAGCAUGCAAUUUUUCUUCUCUCAUUUGUUCAAAAUGAUCAUUUUGUCAGUUAUUUUCUGCUGUUCUUUGCUGGCUGUGUGAAAGAGCCUGUGCUGGGGAGAUGGACUGCCGAGGCUGGAGCCUCCAUCACUCUCUCCUCUCUCACACAUGCACUCAGCACGAGCACUUGUGCUCAGAAAGAAAAUGCAGCCAUGGAAGUAAAUUUUCUCAAUAAUUCAUGGGCUUUAUAGCCCAGAGCGAAUUAUACCUUGGCUCUGUCAUGAAGCUCAGGCUGCAAAUCCCUUUAUAGCCAAGCUCGUUAACAAUAUAAGUAAAGUGGUACCUCUAGAAAGGCUUUGAUAAUUGAUGCAUUAUAAUCUUUGGAGAGUAUUUAGUGGUAAACCUGCAGCAUCCAGAUUGAGGCAUCAGUGGGGUCUGGAGAGAGGAAAAGUCAGAGAAAAAACAUUUCUUUGUUUGACUUGCAGUUGCCUUUGUCUGCCUCAAACAGCUCAGGUUUGGUUCUUUGUUUUCUAACUCAUUUUGUCUUUAUCAGCUGCAGUUUUUGAGGGAAAAGGAUCACUGCUGCUGCCAGUAUGGAUGAGUGGGACACUGGGACAUGUGCAAAACCUGCUCAUUUAUGGAACAAAAUAUCUCUGCUAUAACCACUCUUCAUACUCUUGGCUGUCUCCUGGUUCUGAUCCUAAUCCUCUUUACCUGUUGUAAAUCUUUUUGCUUAGGGAGACACUGACUAAUUUUGCUGCAAGUAGCAGAGGUUCUUUCCUUCACCCACAAUUAAAAUUCCAACUGUGAGAGAAGCCUUGAAAUCCUUUUCAGCGCAGAUGAUGAAAACAAAGUAUCACAGGGGAAUUGUGCUCUAAAAACUGGAGAAGACAAUAAAUGUUUUAUGAAAUUCUACAUCCUAAGGUCAAACUCAAUGCACAAAAAAGCUUAGGUGCAAACCCACAUUGCUGGUAAAACAUUUUGUUCUGGUCAGUCAAAAUUUAGAAUAUAAAAUGCCAGCGUUGCUCUCUUUUAUCUUACUGGAAGGAAAAAGGGGCCUGUAGAAAAGAAUGCAGACUUUCAAAGAUAUUUCAAUUUUUUUUUUAAAUAAUGAAGCUCACCUUGGGCACUUGGUGAAAGGAGAAAAUCAAUUUCUAUUUCAAACUUAGAAAUGUAUGUGCAAACCUGAAUCUGUAUUAAAGUGCUUAAUUUUUA